AUAAACCCUAAUAGAUGGUUUCUGGAUUAAUUUCAGUUGAAGGACAUGGCGCUGAAGGCGUCGGGGGCGUACAGACACUGCACUCCGUGCGUGGCGCAGAGCCAAUUCCGGAACCAAGGGGAAUCAGACGCGGAUUCUGACCUGUUCAGGUGGUCGUAUCGUCGGACGGGGAGUUCAAGCUCCGGGACCCAGAGGAUGUGGGGGAAAGAAAUGGAGGCGAGGCUGAAGGGGAUAUCGAGCUCGAGCGGAGAGGCGACGAAUCCUGUUAAUCAAGUAAAUACAGUUAAUGAGACUGGUGGGAUUAGCAGCUUCCAUGAAGGACCAAAUAACAGAAAAAGUAAAGGUGGAAGGGUGGGGAAGGAAGUAAAAGAAAGAUGUGUAUUUAGAACACGGUCAGCUAUUGACCAUCUGGAGGAUGGGUACAAGUGGUGGAAAUAUGGACAGAAGGCGGUGCUGAACAGUCGAUUUCCAAGGAGUUAUUAUAGAUGUUCUCAAAGUGGGUGUCCUGCGAGGAAGAGGGUUGAAAGAGAUGGAGAAGAUCCAUUAUAUGUGAUUACAACUUAUCAAGGGGUCCAUCACCACAACUUUUCUGAGUGUUUAAUGUUGUUUCCUCAGGAAACUACAAAGGAGGUCGUACAGGCCACAAUGGACUCACCAUCGGCUGAUUAUAAUCAACAACCUGAAGGUUUAAUUCAAUUUGAACAAGAUGGUGAUGGAAAAGGAGAAACAAAGAACGUGAAGGCUGGAGGGAUGGCUGAAUUCUUCCAACAAUCAAAUCAAAGUGGUCAUAAGUCCGUUCGGACUCCCAUUGAGGGAUCACGAGCAAACAGAGGCGGACAACCUGUAAGAGGCAAAACUGAAGAACCAGGCAUGCCAGCAGACACAGAAACCAAGGAUAAAUUGCCAUUUAGUGUUGAAAGAUACACCAAUAUGAGUUCCAGGCAAGGUGGAGAAGUGCUGACAGAGAUACCAGAAGGAGACGAAUGGAUUGCUCCAAAUAUCUGUGCAACUGUUUGUAAACCUGUUCUCCCAGAAUCUCCAAGUUGCCCAUUUCUGGUUGCUCUGUCCUUGGAAGGAAGCAAAGCUCUUAUGGCUAUCCCUUCGUCCUUCUUUGAGCACAUGUCUGUCCUUACACGCUUGAAUUUGUCUCAUACUAGUAUCAGAUCUUUGCCUGUGUCUCUUUUCAAGUUGUUUUCACUUAAAGAACUCAGUCUAAGGCACUGCAAACUCUUCAUGGAAUUGUCACCACAAGUUGGGCAACUUUAUAAUCUUGUUUUGCUUGAUCUUGAUGAGACUCAGAUUGUGGAAUUGCCAAAGGAGAUUGGAAAACUUUCCAAUCUAGAAAUUUUGAGAUUAUCCCUUGAUGGAUACGUGAACUGUGGAAAGCAGUUGCAGCAAAAUCUAUUAAUUCAUCCUGGGACCAUUAAAAGGCUCUCGCAGUUGAUAGAAUUAAAAAUUGAUGUGAAUCCGGAGAAUGAGGACUGGAAUGCAGUUGAGGAAGUUGUUGUAGAGGAAAUCUGUAGCCUGGAAAGAUUGCAGCAUCUUGUAUUAUACCUGCCAAAUGUUCAGAUUUUGGGAAAACGCACAACAGGUAGCACAUCACUCAGUUAUUAUCCCUUGCGCAGGUUCAAGUAUACUAUUGGGCAGCAUAGACAGCAUAUCAUCUCUCGAGUACCAGAAAAAGUUGAAGCUCGCUUUCAAGAGUGGGACAAAUGCUUGAAAUUUGUUAAGGGCAAUGAUAUCUCAAGUGAGAUGAAAAGGGUAGUUGGAUACACAAAAGCAUUCUACCUUGAACGUCAUGCCACUGCUAGAAGCUUGUGUGAUUUUGGGAUAAAAAAUAUGAAGAACCUAAAGUUCUGCUUAUUGGCAGAAUGUAAUGAAAUCCAAACCAUCAUAGAUGAAGGAAAGUCUUAUGAAGAAGAAGAAGAAAUUGAUACAGUUGAAGGUGAGGUGAUUGAUUGUGAGUCUGGAGUUGAGGCAUAUUCUGCUCAAGAACCUGUAGUUUUGAAUCUACAGUACUUGCAUAUCUAUUACCUGAAGAAUUUAGCGAGCAUUUGGAGAAGCCCCACCUAUGAUAAGCAGUGUCUAUCUGGCUUGAAGGUCCUAGAACUCCAUGUGUGCCCCAAAUUGAGUGUCAUUUUCUCACCAGCUUUGCUCACUAAUCUUGGCAAGUUGGAGGUGCUUGUAGUUGAAGACUGCCCUGAAUUGACCAGUGUUGUAAGCCCAACAAGCAAUUCAUCCUUUGAGUUUUCACUAGAUUGUUUUCUGCCUAGCUUGAAGAUGAUGCUACUUCUUUUCCUUCCGAAAUUGGAAAGCAUAUCUAGUGACUUUCACAUUGCACCAAAACUAGAAAAGAUGGGAUUUUAUGAUUGCCCAGAGCUUAAGAGUCUUUCUAAAAGGGAAAUGUCAAGUGAAAAUUUGAAAGUGAUCAAAGGAGAAAGGGAGUGGUGGGAAGCAUUGGAAUGGGAGGAGUCAGAGUGGAAAAUGUCAGGUCUUGGACCAAACCGUAAACCUAGGAACUGGAUGCAGAACCAUGACAUUGGUGCUGUUGGUUGCUCAGAUCUCAGAUGAAGUCACGGAGGCGGUGCUGAAUUUAGGUCUCUGAAUUUGGCUGAUAGUUUGUUUUCUGUAAAGCAGUGUCUAACCUUGGAAAUCGUAUGCCUUUGAAAUUUAUGUGAUCUAAGCCUUCUACUUGACAUUGAGGGUAUAUCUUUAAGAGAGUAUCCUAAUGUAAACUCUAUAUCGCGAGAAAUUGCAAGACAGGCUUUAUAUUGCUGUAUAAAUAUUGUUGCUUUCC